ACAUAUAAUGAUCUUUUAGUGCCGUUGUCUCGCAGAAAAAAAGCCUCAAGCAAAACAUCGCAAAAAGCGCAUUCAAGGACAUUCGACGGACAUGCCUCUCUAAAUCUAUUUGCGUUUCUUGACAAAAACAAUUUGCCCUAGCCCAAAUAUUUUUCUAUUGGGGGACGAUGGUAGUAUCCGUGUGUCUGUGACAAAAAUAGAGGUUUUAAGACUAUUUGCGAAUAAUUAAUCGCUUUUAAUACACAAUCAGGUGUGUUGACGAAUACUUUUUAUCCCCUGAGAACCAGGUGCAGGCAAGUCGCGCUUUAGCAUAUUUAGCGCGACCGGCUGUCACUAGUUAAUUUAUUCCAAGGAAAAUGACAAAAAUUGUAAACAUGGCCUACGCGCAAAAAUGACUAAAUAUUGUCUUUACGCUCGCACCAGGGUUGAUUGGACUAGUUCUUAUUGUUGCCGGCUAGUACAGUGGGACGUAAUUUCUGUUAAUUCGAAAGACCUUUCUGCUCAAACUUAUGAAUAUUCGUUUUAUCGGCAGGCUUAAUUUUCUGCAUAUCCGGAGCGCUAUUACGAAUCGCACAAAUCGAGUGUCGUAUUCGAUGCCCUAAGAUUAUUCGUGAGACUGAGGCAAGCGCUAAUUUAUUCAAUUAACCUGUGAAAUUCGACAUGACGGACGAAAGGAAGCUUUAGUUUGUGUUUUCUGGUCGUCGUGCGUUGAUUAGUUCUUUUUAUCACACUCAACUGAGCGGUUAUGCAGACUUAAAACGAAUGCGUUUUUUGUUGGUGGUUAUCACGAGCGGCGAGAGCGUUAACACAGAUUUCUGCGGUUAUGUCUUCUGCGUUCAGCGACCAAGGCUACUCAAAACUACCGCCGAUUCGCAAAGACACAGCAGAGGGAGAAGUUAAUGCAUUUAACUCACAACUACGAGGGUUUAAUCGAAAAUCUCACGGUCUUGUUCGCCUGCCACCGCUUCAAUCUCAAGGGAAUUCACCUACCACCGUAGAGGAAAGGCAACCAAGAGAUGAGACCAAGCCGUUGCUAUACCAGCACCGAAACAAUAGUGCAUCAAAGUCCGGAGAACUUUCACCAAAAACAAUUCACCGACCUCUAUUCGAUAAAAGCGUGGAUACAGGUCUCAAAAGAACUGGCCUGGAAUCUCAAUUUCCCCGAAAAGAGCACGCGUCAGUUAAUUCGGACCAGACUCCGCUGCUGUUUGAGGAAAACUCAGAUGACAGCGAUCCCGACGAAAACUGGCAAACAAAAUUAAGUUCCAGUCUGGAUCAAAGAGGAGCUCAGGCUAAAAGGUCGCCUUUCUCGCAUUCGAAACUUCAUCAGAGCAAAUUCCUUGCAAAGUCGUCGCCCAAUUUGUCCUCUUAUAGAAGAAAACCAAGAAAGGCCUUGCAAGCGGUAAAGAGUAAUAACGAAAAGAGGGGUGAUAAUCGGGGCAUUGAAUCAGUGGCGCUGCAUGACAGCGACACAAGACACGAACUUCUCAAUAUCGGCGAUCUCCCUUUUUCUACAAAUCAACAGAGACCUACAAAAAAGGCCAAAGGACUCAUCGGUGAACCUAUCAAGGGUUCUCCUUCACGAGUCCGAAACCUGAACGACGAACAAUUUUAUCGCAAAGCUCGUAGUCACCCCAAUACACCGUUGAUACCAGACUUAGUAGAACACCAGAGCAGCCGGAAAUCUCUUGGGGAUAUCGAAUCUGUGGCACACGGUUUGAGAAGGAGCUCUUUUGUUCCGCCAAAGAAACAGAAUUUGUUGGCUGAUGAUAAGGGAAUGGUUGGUUUGAGAGUUGAAGGAAAACUGUGUCCUCGAAACGAGAGACGCAACUCUCGGACUCCGAACUCGCCUCGAUCAAGUGACUCUCUACAGGUGAAUGAUCCAGCGAGCCGCGCAAAGCGUCCGUCAAUUUACGACCUUCAGCAGAUUCUUUCUGAAUUGAAUAAAGAAGCCACUGCAAAAGGGAACCUUUCAAAUAAAGAAAUGUCCUUGAACGUCGCGGAGAGCGAUCGAAAAGGAUCGGUGUACGAUUUGAAGGAGUUUCUACUGAUGCCUCCUACAAAGGUACCGGAGCAAAAUCGAGAAAAAGGUAAACACACAAAAAAUGACUUUCAGAAACUUUCAGUUACAGUCCCAGAAGAGGCUGAGGAAAGACGGGGAUCUGCGUACAGUUUAAUGGAGUUCCUCUCGCUCAAUCCUGCGAAAACUAAUAACGGAUUUGAGAAUGAAAAGCAAGAGAAAGAGGAGACAUUGAAAGCGUCGGCUUCUCUAAACACAAAUUCGGGAAAUUUAGCAGUUGAUACAGAUACCAGACGAUCUUCUGUUUAUGACUUAAUGGAAUUUCUUACACUUGCUCGCGAAAACGAGGAAAUAAAACGCAGGAAAAUGCAUCCGAAAAUCCCCACGGAAACACCGGCAGACGAACCGGGUACAAACGCAGAUCCAACACGCGCACAAAAAGGCCGCAGCGAAUCUGUUUAUGACUUGAAAGAGUUUCUUACUAUGGCGAGAACUCUCCCGAAGGGGAAAGACGCCGGGAAGCAAAACGCGCAUUUAUUGUCGCCUAAAAGUCCCAAACCUUCUGGCUCACAGACGAAACGCGAGUCUAUCUAUGAUCUUAAUGAGUUCUUGGCGAUUCUUCAAAAAGAAGCUGACCGAAGGCGAGCAAACUCUAGCAUCAAUCAAGCGACUAGCGAAAACUCGACAAACGACCCGAGCAAACCUGACAUCUCGAAUGACAGUUCCGCUCCCGAACCUGUAGCGCCAAUAUUCACGUUUGAUACGUUAGAAACCGGAGCUCAUCAAAACCGUGCAAUGUCACUGUACGAUUUGAGGGACUUUCUCUGCGCCGGUCAGCCGCAAAGUCCUUUGGCGUUUCCCCUAAAUCGCAAGGCUUCCGCAAUUUCUCAAAGCUCCAUUAUGUUCAACUUAAGUGAAGACGAGAACGGUAAUGGAAGCGUCGAAGAGGUUUUCCUUGCUCUUCCAAAUUACGAGGGAAAUUCUAAUAAACGAGGAUCCGUUUACGAUUUGAAAGAAUUCCUUGGGAUCUUGAACAACAGCGAUUCCCCGCUUAGAAGAAGGCUUUCAAGUAUCUCUACCGGCUCGGAAUCAAACAGUAGUCAACCUUCACCAGUCUCAAGACAUGACUCCGAAGGAAGCAUGUCUAUGUAUAAUCUGAACGAGUUCCUAAGUCUGCAAAACGAUGACUCUGAUGCGAAAAAGACCGAGACUGAGACUUCACCCUCGCUUUCACGGCACGACUCGGGAGGGACGAGUUCUUUAUACGACCUGCAAGAAUUCCUACCUAUUCUAAACGAGAUUGCCGAUGUGCGAAGUCAAAGUGACAAAGAGGGUCCGGAGAGCGUCGAAGGAGAUGUUAUUAGAAUCCAGGUGCCGCAGCUUGGGCCUCGAGCACAGACUAACCCUGAGAGCUGGAAGCCGAUCAGGAAAAGGAUGUCCGCACCUAAAGGAUCGCUUAAUAGUGUACCAGAAACUUCUGAAGUGUCUUCCAGUCCAACUGAUGACCACAGAGCUUCGCUAGAACAUUGCCUUUAGGAGCUGUGCCCACUAAAGGAAACUUAAACAGGGAACUAACUCAAAAUUACGACAGUGACGGCAGGGAGAAUGUAACAAAAAAUGCUUUCAUGAUUAGCGCUCAAUUCUAAACUAACGAUUCACUCGUUAUUAAUGUUCCAUAAAACUUAUAGACAAGUAUAGAACUUUUUUCUUAUAUAGUGAAGAAUGAAUGUCUGUUUUUCAGCGCACACGGCGUUGCCGUCAACGCUAGACAGAGAGACUUGGAGUUUUCACGUCAUGGUUUGGAGGAAAACACCUGAAACCUAUCACACAGAUGUGCAUUUCAUGUCUGACUUUUCAUCGUUUUCUGCCGUUGCCGCCCUGCCAUAAAUCAAUUGGAAAGUGGAAAAUUAAAAGAACAAGACGUAAAAUGCCUUCUGUCUGAUACAUUUCAAGCCGUUCCAAACAACGACGCAAAAACUCGGUUUAUCGAGGGCGGCUUUUAGUGCCCUGUAAAACCUGCUGUGAGAACUAUGCCCCCUAAACAAUAUACUUAGCGCUCAAUUCUAAGACAAAUCGAAACGCUAAUCAACUCAUCCUACGGAUAUUUACUAAAAAUUUCUUUUGUUUACACAUUUUUCAUUCUCGAUGUUGUUUUUUAUUCUUUCACUUCUCAGUGUUUUUAAAAUAAAAAUUCUAUGUUUUUCAUUUCUCAGUUCUGAUUACUGAAAACAUAUCUCUCUUUUUAAGAACAAAACAAACUAAGACAGCUUUAGAAGAUAACUACUUUUUCACGCGUCAAGGAAAAAAACAUCUAACACUGGUAUCUCAUAAUAACCAGAUAACCACAUUUCAUACUCGAGAAUCCCACACUAACUUGAAAUAUUAUUUAUUUCUAAUACCUCGUACUAUGUUUAUAUUUCCCUAAGGUUUUUAGUCAUUGGGAUUCAAGAGUGGAAAUAAAAAAAUUAAAUUCUUCGCAUGACUCGAUAAGAAACUGACAUGUAGGGCCGUGCAGUCUCUAUGCUUUUAAUUUCCCGUCAUCUAAAUAAUGCACGUCCGCAAGGUCCGUGUUGAUGGGUGUCUUUAAACUAGGGAAUUUAAGUAACGGCGACGGGGAAACAGGACGGAAAAAACGUAUUAAUUUUAUCGAAAAUAGAGAUAUAUUUCAUGCAUAUAUGUGAAUAUCCGAGAAAAGAAUUAUAUUACAUAUAUUUUGUACAAGAUAACAUCUAUAUAUAUAAAUAAUUACUUAUUGGCUUAAUGGUCGAAAUGUGCACAGAGACAAAUGUAAAUAAUUAGGAGAAAAAGAAAAGCCGAUUGUAUGAUAUUCCAUAAACAUCAAAAGAUAAAUAUAAUAAAUUUGUAUAAGUUGUA